AUGUCUCACGCGGGGAUUUCGGCUACAGUCCUGCUCUUGGGCACAUGCGAUACAAAACUGCAGGAAUUGCUCUUUCUCAGAGAUCAGAUCCGACGGCAAGACUCCGUUGAGGUCAUAUUGCUCGAUGUUGGCCGGGACAAUGUUGAACACGAUGCUAUCGACAUCACCCAAGCCACACUUGUCACGAAGCAUGGCGAGGGUAAAACGCCAGCCGAUCUGCCCCGAGGCGAGCUGAUCAAGUUCAUGGCGGCGUCUGCGUCCCGUGCCGUCAAGCAGCUUUUCGACGAGGGCAAAAUUCAAGGCAUUAUCACCGCGGCUGAGGUGAUGAGAGGAGUCCUGCCAAUAGGAUUUCCCAAGAUGAUUGUUUCCACUGUUGCCAGCGGUGACACGGGACCAAUAGUGGGCGAGACUGAUAUCGCAAUGCUAUACUCAGUUGUAGACGUUGCUGGACUGAACCAGGUGCUUAGGGACAUUCUCAGCAAUGCAGGGGCUGCGAUCGGGGCCGCUGCAAAGGCGUACGCAUCUAGGCAACACAUCUCACACGAUAGGACCGACAGAUCUAAGAAGCGCAUUGGCAUUACAAUGUUUGGCGUGACAACACCAGGCGUCGAUGCGAUCCGGAGACACCUAGAGUCCAAGCACGACGUCGAGAUAUAUGUCUUUCACGCAACGGGGCACGGUGGGAAAGCAAUGGAAAGAUUGGUGCGACAGGGACAGCUGGAUGCAGUGCUUGACCUGACUACGACUGAGAUAUGCGACCUACAUACCGGUGGGGUCAUGUCGGCUGGUCAGGAUCGCCUUGAAGCAGCCGCCGAGGCGGGUAUGCCGAACAUUAUCAGCCUCGGGGCCACUGACAUGACGAACUUCGGCCCGAGGAGCACGGUCCCCGAGAAAUACAAGGACAGGAAGCUCUACGAACAUAACCCCACCGUGACGCUGAUGAGGUCGUCGGCGGAGGAGUGCCGGCAGGUUGGAGAGUUCAUCGUGGAGAAGCUGAGGUGUUGCUCGAAGAGGCCGGAAAUGGUCCAGCUCUGGAUGCCUCUUGGGGGAGUGAGCAUGAUUGCUACGCCUGGCGGACCUUUUGCCGAUGAGGAGGCGGAUCGUGCCCUGUUUUCAUCUGUGCGGGACGGCCUGGCGGGAUCUGGAAUCAAGGUGGUGGAGGACAAGAGGGACAUUAAUGACGACGGGUUUGCUCAUGAUAUCGCAGAUGCGUUGGCUGGGCUGUUAGGCUUGUAG